CCACGAAAUAUCUUUUAUUGUCUCGCCAGGCUAGGGUUCUAAUAAGCGCAAGGAAUUGUUCGUUCCUCCGCCUACGAAGACCCAUCAAAUCGCUGCUGCCGCCUUCGUUUCGAGAGCUCGGUUUGGGAGAGAUCGAUCUAGGAAUGGAGUGCCUCUCCGAGGUUCCGCAUGCGCCUCUUGACCGCCGCCCACGCAAGCGGCAGCGGCUGGGGUGGGACGUCGGCCCCGAGAUCCCUCAGAUAAAAUUUUGUGGGCAGGAAGUUGCUAAUGUGAUCAGCGCAGUAACUUUGGGGCUCUCUUCGAGUGGUGUUGUGUCAUCUCAGGUGGCCGAAGAGCUCCUUCAUGUUGCUACCCCUCCUCUGAGAGAAGAUGACAAGGAUGGACACUAUGUUUUUGCUGUGGGAGACAACCUCACAUCUCGCUAUAGGAUUAAUGCGAAAAUGGGUGAAGGUACCUUCGGUCAGGUGUUGGAAUGUUGGGAUAGGGAAAGAAAAGAGAUGGUGGCUGUUAAGAUCAUCAGAGGCAUUAAGAAGUACAGGGAUGCUGCAAUGAUAGAAAUUGGCAUGCUUGAGCAGCUUUGUAGAUAUGAAAAAAGUAGAUCCAGUUGUGUUCAAAUUCGGAACUGGUUUGACUAUCGUAACCAUAUCUGUAUUGUCUGUGAGAAGCUUGGACCAAGCUUAUAUGAUUUUCUACGGAAAAACAAUUACCGCUCAUUCCCAAUUGCCGUAGUUCGGGAGGUUGCCAAACAACUGUUGGAAUGUAUAGCAUUUAUGCAUGAAUUGCGCCUCAUUCACACUGAUUUAAAGCCUGAGAACAUUCUUCUAGUUUCUCCGGAGUACAUUAAAGUGCCUGAUUACAAAGUUUCAUCCCGCUCCCUAAAGGAUGGUUCCUAUUACAAACGAUUGCCCAAAUCCAGUGCAAUAAAGGUUAUUGAUUUUGGUAGCACGACAUAUGACCAGCAGGACCAGAGCUAUGUGGUUUCUACUAGGCAUUAUCGGGCCCCAGAAGUUAUCUUGGGACUGGGAUGGAGUUACCCAUGUGAUGUCUGGAGUGUCGGUUGUAUACUGAUUGAACUGUGCACGGGAGAGGCAUUGUUUCAAACUCAUGAAAAUCUGGAGCAUCUAGCUAUGAUGGAGUGGGUGCUCGGUCCUCUGCCAUACAACAUGCUUAAAAGGCGAGAUCGACAAGCUGAGAAAUAUGUCAGAAAGGGCCGUUUAAACUGGCCUGAAGGAUGUGCUUCACGGGAGAGCAUGAAAGCUGUUAUGAAGCUGCCGAGGCUCCAGAAUCUGGUGAUACAAAAUGUAGAACACUCUGCUGGAGAUUUCAUAGAUCUUCUGGAAGGGCUGCUAAGGUAUGACCCAGAUGGCCGGCUAACAGCCCAGGAAGCUCUUAAGCAUCCAUUCAUGACAGAGCGGAGUGAGCGGUGAACUUGACAUUGUCGAGACUCAGAAACGUUAACUUGGUCGGUGUCCCUUAUACAGUCUGAUGUGUUUUGCGUUCCAGUUUGUGCAACUUAACCCAUGCAUCUGUAUGUAUUCUCUGACAAGUGUAUGUAAUCAUGAUGAAAUUGUUGCAAUCUUUGAUAUGAAACAUAAAUCAUCGUAAUAUGUUGGUUAGUUUUCUUCCCUUGGCCUGUUGUAUCUUUGUACAUAUGGACUUAACUUGUUGUCUUAACUGAACGUCAUAUCUGAA